AUGAGGAACAGAAGAGCUCCAAAGGCACAGAAGGUCAUUGCGAGCAGUGUUCAGGUAGAGAAGAGCGAAGCUGAAAUGCUGGAAAUCCAUGUGAAAGAAGAGUUAGUCUUGCCUGAGGAAGAAGAUGGGUACAAGUGCCAAACGGUAGACAUCCAACCCGAGAAGAGCAAUAAGCAAGUAACCGUUGCAAAAAGUAAGAAGACAAUGACUUCAGUGAAGGUGAAGAAAGAAACUUGCUCAGAAGAUCCACAAGCCCGGCUCGACAACGGAAAUCAUACCAAACCUAUACCAAAAAAGAGAAGGCGUAAACAUGAUCAAGCCGAAAAUUUUGGAGGGACCACAGUCGUUCAGCAAGAUGUCAGCGUACAAAUCAAAACAGAGCUAGAAACUAAAAUUGAAUGUCUAGAACCUGCUGUCUCUGAGGAGAAUGAAGCACAGCGUAUCUCAAGACUUACCAUUGGCGCUAAGGUGACCGGAUUUCCACUGAGUCAGAUACUUCCACAUGGUUCUUAUCUGAUGAACCCAGGCUCAGCUGAUCCCGAGAAAUUGGAGAAAACACGCGAAGCAAUGUUGGAUGAAUGCAAGCGAUGUGAACGUCUCGGUAUUUACUACUACAAUUUCCAUCCAGGCUCGACAACGGGAUUAUGCACAACUGAAGAAUGUUGCAAAACCGUUGCCGAAACUAUUGACUACAUACUGGAAUGUACGGAAUUUAUAACAUUGGUAAUCGAAACUAUGGCUGGACAGGGCAACACGAUCGGGUCAACUUUUGAAGAGAUUCGCGACAUCAUACUCAAUGUGAAAAACAAAAAUCGUGUGGGAGUCUGCAUUGAUACUUGUCACAUAUUUGCAGCAGGCUACGAUAUUCGCACGCAAGAAACAUACAACGAAACUAUGGAGAAGUUUGAUAGCAUAAUAGGUUUAAAGUACCUAAAAGCAUUUCAUCUUAAUGACUCUAAAGGAGCUCUUGGUUGCCGUGUCGAUCGGCACGAAAAGAUAGGCAGAGGUAAGAUUGGGAAGAAAGGAUUUAAGUGCAUCAUGGAAGACGAGAGGCUAGAUGGUUUACCACUAAUUCUCGAAACUCCCGAAGGAGACUACCCACAGGAGAUGAUAACACUUUAUUCACUGUGACUGUCUUGAGUCCUACGCAGCGUAGUUGCUUAACUUUUCUCUGCUGGGACGAUUAGGAGAUCUCCCUCAACUUAUCUCGGUCUCCAUUGCACAUUCACCCCUGCUUUGAUCUAAAGUUGUUAGAUUUUACUAUUUUCAAAAGAUUGCCUCAUUAGUUGAGUUUGUUUUUUGAGUUUGCUUUACCACGACAAUGUUGACCGCUAGAAGGUGAAGUAUCUCUACUGUUGAUUUGGACAUUACCUCGUUAGAUCUAUUGUUGUUUUAUUCUGUGAUUUUUGAAGUCGUUUGAUGAAAUUGGAGAAUCAGAGUCUAUAACAAAAUAUGAGUGCGAU